CUCCCGCCAUUUUUCAAUAAUUUCCUCCGGUGCAGCUGAGGAGGAGUCGUGACUGCCGAACGUGGGGACCCGUAGCGAAGGUUGGCCGGAGGCUUCGGGACGGCGCGGAAGUGUGUGAGAGAGUUCUGUGUCCGUGGGUCCCGUUCCAUGGCUCCAGCGCGGCGGCGCCAGCAGUGAGGGAGCCGAGUUCGCGCCGCCCUCUCACCCCUCCCCUCCCCCACCCCACCCCCGGGAGCCAGGCGCUCGCUCCGGGCCGCGGGGCCUAGUGUUGCGCCGCGGGUCCACCGAGGAGCCUCCGCCUUCCCCGCUGCCGCCGCCGCCGCCGCCGCCGCGAUGGCGCCGCUCCUGGGCCGCAAGCCCUUCCCCCUGGUGAAGCCGCUUCCCGGCGAAGAGCCGCUCUUCACGAUCGCGCACACUCAGGAGGCCUUCCGCACCCGGGAAGAGUAUGAAGCCCGCUUGGAAAGAUACAGUGAGCGCAUCUGGACGUGUAAAAGUACCGGGAGCAGUCAGCUCACACACAAGGAGGCCUGGGAGGAGGAACAGGAAGUUGCUGAACUUUUGAAGGAGGAGUUCCCCGCCUGGUAUGAGAAACUUGUCCUGGAAAUGGUUCACCAUAACACAGCCUCCUUAGAGAAGCUAGUGGAUACUGCUUGGUUGGAGAUCAUGACCAAAUACGCAGUGGGAGAAGAGUGUGACUUUGAGGUUGGGAAGGAGAAAAUGCUCAAAGUGAGGAUUGUUAAGAUUCAUCCUUUGGAGAAAGUAGAUGAAGAGGCCACUGAGAAGAAAUCUGAUGGCUCUUGUGACUCUCCCUCGAGCGACAAAGAGAAUUCUAGCCAAAUCGCUCAGGACCAUCAGAAGAAGGAGGCAAUUGGGAAAGAAGAGGAAGGAAGGAGGGAGAGUAUUAACGACAGAGCACGCAGAUCUCCACGAAAACUUCCUACUUCAUUAAAAAAAGGAGAGAGGAAAUGGGCUCCUCCAAAAUUUCUGCCUCACAAAUACGAUGUGAAGCUACAGAAUGAAGAUAAGAUCAUCAGUAAUGUGCCAGCAGACAGCUUGAUUCGUACAGAACGCCCACCAAAUAAGGAGAUACUUCGAUACUUUAUACGGCACAAUGCGUUACGGGCUGGUACUGGUGAAAAUGCACCUUGGGUGGUAGAAGAUGAAUUAGUGAAGAAAUAUUCCCUGCCUAGCAAGUUCAGUGACUUUCUGCUUGAUCCAUACAAGUAUAUGACUCUCAACCCAUCUACUAAGAGGAAGAAUACUGGAUCUCCAGACAGGAAGCCCUCAAAGAAAUCCAAAACAGAUAGCUCUUCUCUCAGUUCACCACUAAAUCCUAAGUUAUGGUGUCACGUACACCUGAAGAAAUCCUUGAAUGGCUCACCACUCAAAGUGAAGAACUCAAAGAAUUCCAAAUCUCCAGAGGAGCAUCUGGAGGAAGUGAUGAAGAUGAUGUCGCCCAACAAGCUACAUGCCAACUUUCACAUUCCUAAGAGAGGCCCACCUGGCAAGAAGUCGGGGAAGCACAGUGACAAACCUUUGAAAGCCAAGGGCAGAGGCAAAGGCAUCUUGAACGGACAGAAAUCCACAGGGAAUUCGAAAUCUCCCAAGAAGGGCCUGAAGACCCCUAAAACCAAAAUGAAACAGAUGACUUUGUUGGACAUGGCCAAAGGCACUCAGAAGAUGACUCGAGCCCCACGGAAUUCCGGGGGCACCCCCAGGUCCUCUAGCAAGCCUCAUAAACACCUGCCUCCCGCUGCCCUGCACCUCAUCGCCUACUACAAAGAAAACAAAGACAGGGAGGACAAGAAGAGCGCUCUGUCCUGCGUGAUCUCCAAGACAGCGCGUCUCCUCUCCAGCGAAGACAGAGCGCGCCUCCCGGAAGAACUGCGGGGUAUUGUUCAAAAACGCUUCGAGCUUCUAGAGCACAAAAAGAGGUGGGCUUCUAUGUCUGAAGAGCAGCGCAAAGAAUAUCUGAAAAAGAAACGAGAGGAGCUGAAAGAGAAGUUGAAGGAGAAAGCCAAGGAGCGGAGGGAGAAAGAAAUGCUCGAGAGACUAGAGAAACAGAAGCGGUACGAGGACCAAGAGUUAACUGGCAAAACCCUUCCAACAUUUAAAUUGGUAGAUACCCCCGAGGGGCUGCCCAACACACUCUUUGGGGACGUGGCCAUGGUGGUGGAGUUCUUGAGCUGUUACUCCGGGUUACUCCUACCAGAUGCCCAGUAUCCCAUCACUGCCGUGUCCCUCAUGGAAGCCUUGAGUGCAGAGAAGGGUGGCUUUUUAUACUUGAAUAGAGUGUUGGUCAUCCUCCUGCAGACCUUGUUACAAGACGAAAUAGCAGAAGACUAUGGUGAGCUGGGAAUGAAGCUGUCGGAAAUCCCUCUGACCCUGCAUUCUGUGUCAGAGCUGGUUCGGCUCUGCUUGCGCAAAUCUGACGUUCAGGAAGAUAGCGAGGGCUCAGACGCGGAUGACAAUAAAGACUCUGCGUCAUUCGAGGACAAUGAGGUCCAAGAUGAGUUCCUAGAAAAGCUGGAGACCUCUGAAUUUUUUGAACUCACAUCAGAAGAGAAACUGCAGAUCUUGACAGCCCUCUGCCACCGGAUUCUCAUGACAUAUUCCGUGCAGGAUCACAUGGAGACCAGGCAGCAGAUGUCUGCAGAGCUAUGGAAGGAGCGGCUUGCUGUGCUGAAGGAAGAGAAUGAUAAGAAGAGAGCAGAGAAGCAGAAGCGGAAAGAAAUGGAAGCCCGGAACAAAGAAAAUGGAAAAGAGGAGAAUGGGCUAGGCAAGGCUGACAGGAAAAAAGAAGUCGUGAAGUUUGAGCCCCAGGUAGAUACGGAAGCUGAAGACAUGAUCAGUGCUGUGAAGAGCAGACGACUGCUUGCCAUUCAGGCUAAGAAGGAGCGAGAGAUUCAGGAGAGAGAAAUGAAAGUGAAACUAGAACGCGAAGCUGAAGAAGAACGAAUACGAAAACACAAAGCAGCUGCUGAGAAGGCUUUCCAGGAAGGAAUUGCCAAGGCGAAACUAGUCAUGCGGAGGACUCCGAUUGGUACAGAUCGAAACCAUAACCGAUACUGGCUCUUCUCAGAUGAAGUUCCAGGUUUGUUCAUUGAGAAAGGUUGGGUCCAUGACAGCAUUGACUACCGAUUCAGCCAUCACCGGAAAGACCACGCAGACUCUCCUGAUGAGGACUACUGUCCCCGGAGUAAGAAAGCAAACCUAGGCAAAAAUGUAAGCAUGAACACACAGCACGGCCCAGCAACAGAAAUCGCUGUCGAGACCACUAUACCCAAACAAGGCCAGAAUCUAUGGUUUUUAUGUGAUAGUCAGAAGGAACUGGAUGAGUUGCUAAAUUGCCUUCACCCUCAGGGAAUAAGAGAAAGUCAGCUUAAAGAGAGACUAGAGAAGAGGUACCAGGACAUUAUUCAUUCUAUUCAUCUGGCCCGGAAGCCAAAUUUAGGUCUAAAAUCCUGCGAUGGCAACCAGGAGCUCUUAAACUUUCUUCGGAGUGAUCUCAUUGAAGUUGCAACAAGAUUACAGAAGGGAGGACUUGGUUAUGUGGAAGAAACCUCAGAAUUUGAAGCUCGGGUGAUCUCACUAGAGAAACUGAAGGAUUUUGGUGAAUGUGUGAUCGCCCUUCAAGCCAGUGUCAUAAAGAAGUUUCUCCAAGGCUUCAUGGCUCCCAAGCAGAAGAGAAGAAAACUCCAAAGCGAAGAUUCAGCCAAGACUGAAGAGGUGGAUGAAGAGAAAAAAAUGGCAGAGGAAGCAAAGGUCGCAUCUGCUCUGGAAAAAUGGAAGACAGCUAUCCGCGAGGCUCAGACUUUUUCCAGAAUGCAUGUUCUACUUGGGAUGCUUGAUGCCUGUAUCAAAUGGGAUAUGUCAGCUGAAAAUGCUCGAUGCAAAGUUUGUCGAAAGAAAGGUGAGGAUGACAAGCUGAUCUUAUGUGACGAGUGUAAUAAAGCCUUCCACCUGUUCUGUCUGAGGCCGGCCCUCUAUGAAGUACCAGAUGGUGAGUGGCAGUGCCCAGCUUGCCAGCCUGCUACUGCCAGGCGCAACUCCCGUGGCAGGAAUUACACUGAAGAGUCUGCCUCUGAGGAUAGCGAGGAUGACGAGAGCAGUGAAGAGGAAGAGGAGGAGGAGGAGGAGGAGGAAGAGGAUUAUGAGGUGGCUGGUUUGCGAUUGAGACCGCGCAAGACUGUCCGGGGCAAGCAGGGCGUCAUCCCCCCUACAGCACGGCCCGGCCGACGGCCAGGCAAGAAGCCGCAUCCCGUCAGGAGGGCUCGGCCGAAGGCUCCACCUGCAGAUGACACAGAGGUGGACGAGCUGGUACUUCAGACCAAACGGAGCUCCCGGAGGCAAAGCCUGGAACUGCAGAAGUGUGAAGAGAUCCUCCACAAGAUAGUGAAAUACCGCUUCAGCUGGCCCUUCAGGGAGCCCGUGACCAGAGAUGAGGCUGAGGACUACUAUGACAUCAUCACCCACCCCAUGGACUUCCAGACAAUGCAGAGCAAAUGUUCCUGUGGGGGCUACCGCUCUGUGCAGGAGUUUCUUGCUGACGUGAAGCAAGUGUUUACCAAUGCUGAGCUUUACAACUGCCGGGGCAGCCACGUGCUGAGCUGCAUGGUGAAGACGGAACAGUGUCUGGUGGCUCUGUUGCAUAAACACCUUCCUGGCCACCCAUAUGUCCGUAGGAAACGCAAGAAGUUUCCCGACCGGCUUGCUGAAGAUGAGGGGGACAGUGAGCCAGAGCCCGUUGGACAGUCCAGGGGACGAAGACAGAAGAAGUAGAGAGGCAGGGCCCUGGUAAGGGAGCUGAGGUCGGGGGGGGACUUGAGGGA